GUCUAGGGCCUGCCUGUACGAAUCGAUCACUGAGUCAGCGCUGAUGCAACACACUGACUGUUCUAUCCCGUUUCCUCUCAUCUAAACCGAGUCCACGCCUCAAGAAUAAAAUCAUCAGAACAUCAUCAUGGCAGAACAGCUCAACCCGGAUGAGAAGUUGCAGCUCAUCACGAGGAAUUUGCAGGAGGUGCUCGGUGAGGAGAAGCUGAAGCAGGUGCUCCAGGAGAGGGAGCUGAAGGUAUACUGGGGGACGGCCACCACAGGCAAACCCCAUGUCGCCUACUUUGUCCCAAUGUCGAAGAUAGCAGACUUCCUCAAGGCUGGAUGUGAGGUGACCAUCCUGUUUGCAGACCUGCAUGCCUUUCUGGACAACAUGAAGGCUCCCUGGGAGCUGCUGGAGCUCAGGGUGCAGUACUACGAGCAGGUCAUCAAGGCCAUGCUGGAGAGCAUAGGAGUGCCCCUGGACAAACUCAAGUUCGUGAAGGGGACAGACUACCAGCUCAGCAGAGAGUACACCCUGGACGUGUACCGGCUGUCCUCCAUGGUGACGGAGCACGACGCCAAGAAGGCCGGAGCAGAGGUGGUGAAGCAGGUGGAGCACCCCCUGCUGAGCGGACUGCUCUACCCCGGACUGCAGGCUCUGGAUGAGGAGUAUCUGAAGGUGGAUGCCCAGUUUGGAGGUGUGGACCAAAGGAAGAUUUUCACCCUGGCUGAGAAGUACCUACCCUCCCUGGGCUACGCCAAACGCUCCCACCUGAUGAACCCCAUGGUGCCCGGCCUGACGGGAACCAAGAUGAGCUCCUCUGAAGAAGACUCCAAGAUCGACCUGCUGGACAAGAAGGAGGAUGUGAAGAAGAAGCUGAAGAAGGCCUUCUGCGAGCCGGGGAACAUCGAGAACAACGGGCUCCUCUCCUUCGUCAAGCAUGUGCUCUUCCCUCUGCACGGAGAGUUCAGUGUCAAGAGGGACCCCAAGUGGGGAGGAGAUAAAGUCUACACAGCGUUUGAGGAUGUGGAGAAGGACUUUGCAGAAGAGCUGGUCCACCCAGGUGACCUGAAGGCCUCCAUGGAGGUGGCUCUCAACAAGCUACUGGACCCAAUCAGGAAGAAGUUUGAGACCCCCGAGCUCCGCAAGCUGGCCAACACGGCCUACCCCGACCCCUCAAAGACCAAGGCAGCAGGAAAGGGGGCCAAGCCAUCGGCAGCAGGAGAGGAGGCGGAGCUCGCUCCCUCCAGACUGGACAUCCGAGUGGGGAAGGUCAUCAGCGUGGAGAAGCACCCGGACGCCGACUCGUUGUACCUGGAGAAGAUCGACGUGGGGGAGGCGGAGCCCCGGACGGUUGUCAGCGGCCUGGUGGCCUUCGUCUCCCUGGAGGAGAUGCAGGACAGAUCGGUGCUGUUGCUAUGCAACAUGAAGCCCCAGAAGAUGCGUGGGAUCGAGUCCCAGGCCAUGGUGCUCUGUGCCACAAUUGAAGGAGAGCCCAGGAGGGUGGAGCCUCUUGACCCCCCGGAGGGGUCGUCCCCAGGGGACCGUGUCUUUGUGGAAGGAUAUGAGACGGGCAAGCCAGACGACAAACUCAACCCCAAGAAGAAGGUCUGGGAGAAACUGCAGGUCGACCUGAAGCUGUCAGGGGAGUGUGUGGCCCAGUGGAAAGACCAGCAGUUGAUGACCAAACUAGGACCUGUAACGUGCAAGUCGUUGAAAGGAGCAAACAUCUCCUAGAUGCUCACUGUUGCGAGUAAACAUGGACACGGUCAGACAUGACAACCUCUGCUUUUUGUCAGCCCAUGUGAAAAUGCGGUCAUAACUCAUCAAGCUCAAAUUGAAACGGCAUCGGCAUCGGCCAGAGACGAUGAGUUUUCUGGAAGACAUUUCUAAUAUCGGGGGCGGGAUGUGAAUAAGUGAAUUCAAGUCACGUAUUCUUACAGGUAUGAAGGGUCAUUAUGAAAUACAGUCAUUGUGUUAAUCGCCACUGUCCAUGGUUUCAUUGGUUCAUGUGGUCCAUGUGUACGCUGAACACGUCCCGUACCAUAUGGGCUGUUUGUAAUGUCAUCCUGCAUAUUCAAUAAACUGUCACCAAUCCUCAAGUUUUCCUCUUUGCUGUGCCGUUCUAGAUAACACUCCUGACAAAACGUAUCAAGGAAAGAAAGGUCUGGUUUCUCAAAACAGUCAUGAAAAGCAAACAGAGACAUAUUUGUAAUAAAGUUUAUAGAAGUAAUAACUGUACAUUAUUCUUUUGAAUAUUCAAUUUGUGACUCCGUAAGAAGAUAGUCUUUGUCUUGGUCGGAAACCUCAUAAAGGGGAUUCUUGUGCAAAUAAAGUUAUGAGCUAUAUUGUACAGAAAAGUCUUGGGCAAAUAACAACUAAACUUUAGUAUAUAAUAGAUUUAGUCCAGUGUUUCAAUCAUUUCAGACCAAUUCAUUCUUUAACAUGGCCAAAGACUGGGGUUGAAAAUAAAUGUUAUGACUGGGGAAAUGUGUAAAACAAGUGACCUAGAUCAUACAACUCUUAAUAAAUAACGUCUUGUAAAAACAUUUUUGAUUGUGCAGGAAAACAAUUGAAACGUAUUGUGGAUGAAGAAAUAUAUAUUCCUCUGAUUUUGUAUAUUAACACCAUCUACUUUUUGUAUUGAAAUUAGGAAUAACUUGAGUGAUGGUGACUUCAUUGGUUUUAGUCUAAUCAAUAACAAAUGGUAAAGUAAAACAAAAGAUUAAACCUUGAUUGGG